AUGCGUGCGCUGUGCCUCGGCGGCCUCCCCGUCUUGCCAGCUACAAAGAAGUGUCUUCAAGUCCAUCCCAUGCAAUGCGUGGCCCAGAUCUGCGGUCUCCAUCGGGAGGGGAGGCAGCAGCGCAGCCUCACCAAGACAAACUAUUGCACUUACACUCAUCCUGCCCGCCUUGCCCCUCGCCGCCCUGCCUUGCCAGCUGCGAAGGAGCAUGUCCAAGUCCAAGAGAGCGUCGGUCCUCUACAGGCAACUUUCUCUGCAGUAGCGUGCUUUAAGUACUGCGUUGGCCGCACCCCUUCCCCCCUUCCCAUCUCUCAUGUCUAG